AGGCCAGCUUCCCUAACAAGCCUCAGCGCAUCCAGACCCCACAGCGCAGCCCACUCCACAGCAGCACCGCCCACGGAACACCCCAAGCAACUGCCGGAGGAGGCGCCCGAGGGUGACAGGUGCAGUGACUGGCUGUAAUGGGGUGGCCCCCCGACUGUAACACCCUCAACCUGGAGUCCUAGAAAGCGCCUGGAAUUAACCGAGGGGGAGACCCCCGCUCCCUGGACACGCACCCCUCUUUGUGAAACGGAAUAGUAGGCGCCGGGAGAGACAGCGACAUGUUUCUGACCAGAGCUCUGGAUAAGAUCCUUAGCGAUAAGGAGGUGAAGCGAGCGCACCACAGUCAGCUACGGAAAGCGUGUGAGGUGGCGCUAGAGGAAAUAAAAUGUGAAACAGAAAAACAAAGUCCGCCUCAAGGUGAAUCAAAAGCUGGAUCUAGUACCCUUCCACCUGUGAAAUCAAAGGCCCCUUUUAUAGAAGCUGACAAAUACUUUUUACCCUUCGAGCUUGCGUGCCAGUCUAAAUGCCCGCGAAUUGUCAGUACAUCUCUGGACUGCCUGCAGAAACUUAUAGCUUAUGGGCACUUGACUGGAAAUGCCCCAGAUAGCACAACUCCUGGGAAAAAAUUAAUUGAUAGAAUUAUCGAAACAAUAUGUGGCUGUUUCCAAGGACCCCAGACAGACGAAGAUGUUCAGUUACAAAUAAUAAAGGCACUACUCACGUCUGUUACAUCGCAGCAGAUUGAAAUACAUGAAGGCACAGUGCUGCAAGCUGUAAGAACAUGCUACAACAUCUAUCUAGCCAGCAAAAACCUUGUCAAUCAGACAACAGCCAAGGCCACCUUAACGCAAAUGCUCAACGUAAUAUUUGCACGAAUGGAAAACCAAGCUCUUCAGGAAGCCAAACACAUGGAAAAGGAGCGGCAUAAACAGCAACACCAUUUUCAGCACUCUCCAGUAAGCCACCAUGAGCUGGAAUUGCCACCCAUGAGGCACCAUCUGGAGAAAACUGACCAGUUAACUCGAGAACAUGAAGGGGAUAUUGACCAACACUUAAACUACCUGGAAAAUAGCCUUCAGGAAGAAGCUGAGCCAGAAAAUGGAUUUGAUGCUUCAAUUGCAGAAAAUGAGCUGCCUGAAACCGAUCAGUGCACAGAAAAUAAUUCCAAACCUGAUUUGGGAAUCAGGGAUGAAACCAGUAAUGACUGUGAAGAAACCACACAGGACGUAAUCCAAAGUAUCAUUCAAGAAAUGCUGAACUCUGUAGUUGGAGAGGAGGAGACUGUCAGCACUGAAAGUACGACAAGAAUAUCAGAAGAUACCAGUGAUGGGGAUAGUAUACAUGCAAAUGGGAUACCCGGAACUCCCAUAUCUAUGGCCUACACCCCAUCCUUACCCGAUGAUAGAUUGUCUGUUUCCUCUAACGACACUCAGGCAAGAAAGGAAUCUGGAAACACUUCAGCCCCUACUCCUGGUGCUAAGUUCUCCCAUAUCUUACAAAAAGAUGCCUUUCUAGUCUUCAGGUCACUAUGUAAAUUGUCUAUGAAGCCACUGUCUGAUGGGCCUCCAGACCCAAAAUCUCAUGAAUUGCGUUCCAAGGUACUUUCGCUCCAGCUGCUACUCUCCAUUCUGCAGAAUGCAGGGCCUGUUUUUAAGACUAAUGAAAUGUUUAUCAAUGCAAUCAAGCAGUAUCUCUGUGUUGCUCUGUCUAAAAAUGGAGUUUCGUCUGUUCCAGAGGUUUUUGAGCUAUCUCUGUCUAUUUUUUUGACACUACUAUCAAAUUUCAAGUUGCAUCUGAAGAUGCAAAUUGAGGUUUUCUUUAAGGAAAUCUUCCUUUACAUACUGGAAACAUCUACUAGUUCUUUUGAUCACAAGUGGAUGGUGAUUCAGACACUGACAAGAAUUUGUGCAGAUGCGCAAGGUGUGGUUGAUAUUUAUGUAAAUUAUGACUGUGAUUUGAACGCAGCCAACAUCUUUGAAAGGUUGGUUAAUGACCUCUCCAAGAUUGCUCAAGGGCGAGGAAGCCAAGAACUUGGCAUGUCAAAUGUUCAGGAGUUAAACUUAAGGAAGAAAGGCUUGGAAUGCUUGGUUUCUAUUUUGAAAUGCAUGGUGGAAUGGAGUAAAGACCUCUACGUCAAUCCCAACUCUCAGACAACUCUAGGACAAGAGAAGCCUUCUGAGCAAGAUACCCAUGACACCAAACAUCCAGAGACCAUUAAUAGAUAUGGAAGCUUGAAUUCACUUGAUUCUACAGCUUCCUCGGGCAUUGGCAGCUACAGUACGCAAAUGUCAGGAACAGACAACCCAGAGCAGUUUGAGGUUCUGAAGCAACAAAAGGAGAUCAUUGAGCAAGGAAUAGAUCUCUUUAAUAAGAAACCAAAGAGAGGAAUUCAGUACCUGCAAGAACAAGGGAUGCUAGGAACAACGCAAGAAGAUAUCGCCCAGUUUUUGCACCAAGAGGAGAGAUUAGACUCUACUCAAGUUGGGGAGUUCCUUGGAGAUAACGACAAGUUCAACAAAGAAGUUAUGUAUGCUUAUGUUGACCAGCACGACUUCUUAGGGAAGGACUUUGUAUCAGCACUUCGGAUGUUUCUGGAAGGCUUCCGUCUUCCAGGCGAAGCCCAAAAAAUUGAUCGUUUAAUGGAAAAGUUUGCUGCUCGAUAUCUUGAAUGUAACCAAGGGCAGACGCUGUUUGCUAGUGCAGAUACUGCUUAUGUCUUGGCGUAUUCAAUUAUCAUGCUGACCACGGACCUUCACAGCCCUCAGGUCAAGAGUAAAAUGACAAAAGAACAGUAUAUCAAAAUGAAUAGAGGUAUCAAUGAUAGCAAGGAUCUUCCUGAAGAGUAUCUUUCUGCCAUCUACAAUGAAAUAGCUGGAAAGAAAAUCUCCAUGAAAGAAACAAAAGAACUUGCAAUCACUACCAAGUCAUCCAAGCCAAGUGUGGCUAGUGAAAAACAAAGAAGACUGUUGUACAAUUUAGAAAUGGAACAAAUGGCCAAGACAGCAAAAGCCCUUAUGGAGGCUGUGAGUCAUGUCCAGGUUCCCUUCACCAGUGCUACUCAUCUAGAACAUGUCAGGCCAAUGUUCAAGUUGGCAUGGACACCAUUCCUGGCUGCAUUCAGCGUUGGUCUGCAAGACUGUGAUGACACUGAAGUAGCAUCUCUGUGUCUGGAGGGUAUUCGUUGCGCCAUCAAAAUUGCAUGUAUUUUCUGCAUACAGCUGGAGAGAGAUGCUUAUGUACAAGCCCUAGCGAGGUUUACAUUAUUAACUGUGAGCUCUGGAAUUACCGAAAUGAAACAGAAGAACAUUGAUACUAUCAAAACCCUCAUUACAGUGGCCCAUACUGAUGGAAACUACUUGGGAUCAUCUUGGCAUGAGAUUUUGAAGUGCAUUAGUCAGCUGGAGCUUGCACAAUUGAUUGGCACUGGGGUGAAGCCACGUUACAUAUCUGGAACUGUUCGCAACAGAGAAGGAUCUUUUACCAGCGCCAAAGACCAAGCAUCUGAUGAAUUUGUCAGUCUUGUUGGAGGAAAUAUGGACUGGAAACAAAUAGCAAGCAUUCAGGAAUCCAUAGGGGAGACAAGUUCACAAAGCGUUGUGGUGGCUGUUGACAGGAUAUUUACAGGAUCCAUAAGACUGGAUGGAAAUGCAAUAGUGGAUUUUGUGCGCUGGCUGUGUGCCGUCUCCAUGGAUGAAUUGUUGUCUCCCAUGCACCCUCGUAUGUUCAGCUUACAGAAAAUUGUAGAAAUAUCGUACUACAAUAUGGGACGCAUCAGGCUGCAGUGGUCUAGGAUAUGGGAAGUUAUUGGAGACCACUUUAAUAAGGUUGGCUGCAAUCCAAAUGAAGAUGUGGCGAUCUUUGCAGUAGACUCUCUAAGGCAACUCUCAAUGAAAUUUUUAGAAAAGGGCGAGCUUGCUCAUUUCCGUUUCCAGAAGGACUUCUUAAGACCCUUUGAGCAUAUCAUGAAAAAAAAUAGGUCUCCUACCAUUAGAGACAUGGUGGUACGCUGCAUUGCACAAAUGGUGAAUUCUCAAGCUGCUAACAUUCGCUCAGGCUGGAAGAACAUCUUUUCCGUCUUUCAUUUAGCUGCAUCAGACCAGGAUGAAAGCAUAGUGGAGCUUGCAUUCCAGACCACUGGGCACAUAGUCACACUUGUGUUUGAAAAACACUUCCCGGCCACGAUUGAUUCCUUCCAAGAUGCAGUAAAGUGUUUGUCUGAAUUUGCAUGUAAUGCUGCUUUCCCAGACACAAGCAUGGAAGCCAUUCGUCUGAUUCGUCAUUGUGCAAAAUAUGUUUCAGACAGGCCACAGGCCUUCAAGGAGUAUACAAGUGAUGAUAUGAAUGUAGCUCCAGAAGACCGCGUGUGGGUGAGGGGAUGGUUCCCCAUUCUGUUUGAGUUGUCCUGCAUCAUCAACAGAUGCAAAUUAGAUGUAAGAACCAGAGGUCUGACUGUCAUGUUCGAGGUGAUGAAAACCUAUGGGCACACGUUUGAAAAGCACUGGUGGCAAGACUUGUUCAGGAUUGUCUUUAGGAUAUUUGAUAACAUGAAACUUCCAGAGCAGCAAACUGAGAAGGCGGAAUGGAUGACUACUACAUGCAACCAUGCCCUCUAUGCAAUUUGUGAUGUGUUUACACAGUACUUUGAGGUACUCAGCGAUGUGCUGCUGGAUGAUAUCUUUGCACAGCUCUACUGGUGUGUGCAGCAAGACAAUGAACAGCUCGCUCGCUCCGGCACCAACUGCUUAGAGAAUGUUGUUAUUCUAAAUGGAGAAAAAUUUACCUUGGAAAUCUGGGACAAAACUUGCAACUGUAUGCUGGACAUCUUCAAAACCACAAUCCCUCAUUCAUUGCUGACAUGGAAACCCGCAGGAGGAGACGCAGAACUGAGCUCACAGGCUGACAGCAGGGACAAGCAAGCGGAUUCCGUGUCACAGAAAUCUGUGGAUAUCCAUGAAUGUAUCCAGCCUCGCACAGCCGACAGCAGGAGAAGUAUCCAGGCUCAAGUUUCCCCUUUGUUCCUAGAGGAGGGGCACUGUGCAAGGCCUGGUGCAAGAGUGGCCGAGCAGCGGUUAUUUGCAGCCUUACUGAUUAAAUGUGUGGUGCAGCUGGAGCUGAUACAGACCAUCGACAACAUUGUGUUCUUCCCUGCGACCAGUAGAAAAGAAGAUGCAGAGAAUCUGGCUGCAGCACAGAGGGAUGCAGUACAUUUCCAUGUUCAUCAUGUGGACACUCAGGAUCAAGGCAUGUAUCGCUUCCUCACAUCCCAACAGCUUUUCAAACUCCUGGACUGUCUGCUGGAGUCUCACAGAUUUGCAAAAGCCUUUAAUUUCAGUAAUGAGCAAAGGACUGCUCUGUGGAAGGCAGGCUUCAAAGGGAAAUCAAAACCCAAUCUCCUGAAACAAGAGACCAGCAGCCUGGCCUGUGGCUUGCGCAUUCUGUUCCGCAUGUACAUGGACGACAGCCGAAGCGAUGCCUGGGAUGAAGUUCAGCAUCGAUUGCUUAAUGUUUGUAGCGAGGCCCUGAGUUACUUUCUGACCCUGACAUCUGAGAGUCACAGAGAGGCCUGGACUAAUCUGCUGCUGCUCUUCUUAACCAAAGUCCUGAAGAUUAGUGACGAACGGUUUAAAGCUCACGCGUCCUGUUAUUACCCUCUGCUCUGCGAGAUAAUCCAGUUUGACCUCAUCCCGGAGCUGCGCACUAUCCUACGAAGGUUCUUCCACCGGAUCGGCCUUGUUUUUAAAAUCUCCCUCCCGCAAGAGCCCCAAAGAGUAGAAGGAAAGUCGGAAGCAACCGACUCCCAGUAUCCAGAAGAGAGGAGGAAGGAGACCGUCCAGCCAGAAAACUUUUGAACUGAGACUCUUUUUCUACCGCUGUUUGAUUGGCUCUGUAGCAUCGGCCACUUUGUGACUUCACAACACUCCAGACUGUGUGUUAGGGGUAUUUAUCCUCUCUCUCCCUCUCUCUCUUUCUUUCUCUCUGUCUCUCUCUUUCUCUGUCUUUCUCUUUCUCUGUCUUUCUCUCUCUGUGUCUUUCUCUCUCUCUGUCUCUCUCUCUUUCUCUGUCUCUCUGCCUUUCAACAACAGGAUCACUUCCAGCACAGAGCUGGGGUUUCACCGUGAAAGGCUUUGGCACCAUGAAGUGGUGGGGGGAGCAGUAUAUAAUAAGGCUUAUUUGUGUGGGGGAAAAGAUGUAACGGUUUUGUGGUCCCAAUUAAUGUUUUAAAUUGAGCGAAUUAACUCUUUAUUGUGGGAAGAUCCAUAAGGAAUCAUGAUUGGCCGUUUCUACGUCUGGCAGGAGUCCGCCUCCAUAACGGAAACCGUCUUAAAACACUACAUUAAGAUCUUCCUGCAAUAUUUUAUUUCCUAAUUUCUCACUGAUUUGCUGCAAAUCCCAUUAUUUUAUUGUCCAUUGAAUGCACUAGGUUUUUUUUGUUGAGAUUUAAGAUGUAUUUUUUUAGUUUUUUUUCUGUGAUUCUAUUUUAGCCCUAAUGAAACUGCUGCUGACUUUCCCAAGCAGAGGAUGAUGACAUUAUAUUGGAAUAAAUGAUCUGUACAAAUAAUAAUGGCAGGGCUUGGAAUAAACAAAGAGCAAUGAAAUAUAUAAAUAAAUAUAAGUAUAUCUUCUCUGGUGGCCUGGGGCUGGAAUCACUGGGCAAGCCCUGCUCUCGUCUGCUGUUAAAGUUACGUUCUUUUGUUUGAUGUAGAUUUCACUCUGUACAGAUAUUAGUGUAACAUUAAAGUCACGGAUCGGCCUCGUUUGGCCUAAGGAAAGGGAAAUUGAUUGGGAAAUCUCACUACUGUGAAUGGUGCUCCGGCGGGAAGGAGGUAACGGUUGCAGCUGACAAGCAUUCCUUAUUGCAGUGGAUGUAGAAUUACUGGACAAAUGUAUAUGGUACCGACCUGUAAAGUUUUCUAUGUAAAAAUUCUGUACAACUUUCUGUACAAUAUCGGUUCUCAUCUGGCAUAUUAUAAUCAGGUUGUAGGUCAAUAAAGUUUUUGAAUUCUUU